AGAGAAGUAGCGUUUUUACUUGGGAAUUGUAUUCUUGACAUUAUUCAGUGGGGGCAAAUAGUCCCACUAUAGGAUAGAGGCACAUACAUUAUAUUCUUGAGAGGAAAAUUCGAAUUCAAUGAGACAUGAUAUUGUGGCAGAACACAGAAGAGAACUGGAAGAGCAUUUUCAGAGGAAUCAAAAAGACUGGAGUGAAAUUUGUAAUAGAGACUGCUUUGGUUGUUUCUCCCUACCAGCCAUGGCUAACACUGAAUCUCAUCCUGAUAACAUUGGCAUUUUCAUCCAUGACAUUUUUCCUGUACGUUGGUGCUAUGAGUAUGUACUAUGCUCGCUCAGAUCUAAUGACAUUUGUCGAAAUCGCACAUGCCUACUCAAUUGUAUUAGCCUUCUACAUCCUACUGAUCACACAUUAUGCUAUCAGGAUGCCCAUGACUCAUGAGCUCUAUCAAAUGAUAGACACUGGUGUAUUCGAGUACAAAACGAAAUAUGGCGAAGACGAUGACAUCAAAUUGAAAAACAAAAUUAAAUUCUACCGAAAUGUUUUCCAAAAAGUUUUUCAUGUUGCAAUUUUUUUGAUACUAUGCUUUCUGGGUAUUUUAACUCCAUUCCUGAUUAAGUUUUUUGGAAACAAGGAUGGAAAUAAUAUUGAAGAGAUCAAUUACGAUCUACCAGUCCCGUUGUGGUUGCCAUUUGAGACUGACACUUUACUUGGCUACACUUUGGGAUAUUUGUUUGUAUUUGGGGAGGUAGCACUGAUAUCUGGCUACUUGUCGUCAGCUAUACCUUUCCUAGUGUUUGUCAUUUUCGAAAUAAACACGCAAUACAUGAUAUUGAAGCGGUCCAUACUGAAUUUGGAGCACAGAGCUUUGGAAAGAUUCAAUUUUUGUGGGAAAAUGACCGAGCAACGAAUUGAAAUACUUAGAGGAGAUAAAUUUUAUUCAAAAUGCGUUCAAGAAUGUAUUAAUGAGAAUAUACAACACCACAUUGAAAUUAUAAGGCUCUUCAACCUCUUUCAAGAUGUCACAUCAACGGUCUUUGGUGUUAUAAUAGGAGUAAGCAUGGCUGUUUUGGCAUCCUUAUCAAUAGUGCUUUCAAAGGCAGAACUAUUUUCAUUCAUUUUUAUCAAAUUCACAUUCAUAUUUUUCGUGGAGCUUGGGGUAGUAUUUGGUUAUUGCUUGAUGGGAACCUUUUUAACUCUCGGGAGCCAAGAAAUUCCAAGUGCUAUAUAUAAUUGUCCUUGGUAUAAUUUGAAUGAACGACACACAAGGACUCUGAGAAUAUUUCAGAUCAAUUCAGCAAUGAGUAUUGAAUUGAAAGGAAAUGGAUUGUUUUUAAUAGACCUUCAAUUGUUUGUACAGUAUGCCUCCAGAUUGGUUAUUAUUCUUCUUGUGUAACGAAAUAGUGAAUUGGAUUGGGAAAUAUAAUAGAAUAAAUAAAUAUGAAGAGCCAAGAGAGCAUUCAAGGCG